CUCACCGCUCACGGCUCGCGCAGGUCUCCAGAUGCUGUGCUGGCUGCUGGUGUUGGUGGCGCCGGCGGUGCUGGCGGCGCCCUACGUGCGGGACGAGUCUGCCGUGGCCUGGGGGCGGCCGCCCGGCGCGGAAGCCUGGCAGCAGCGCCUGCCGCCCGGCCACAAGGCGGACGACGACGACGUCCACACAGCGGAGAAGCGCGCGAUGCUGGCGAUGCUGUCGCGCUGGCGGCCUCUGACGUCGGCGGUGUACCAGCUGCUGCGGCCGCGCACGCCGCGUCCCGCGUCGCAGGAGGCGCUCUCUGCGGAGACUCGCGGCAGCCGACGCCCGCUGGGGCAGCCCCUUCGCUGGGGCCGCUAGCCACUCCCCACUCCACGCAAACCCUCACAAACUCAAAACUCACCGCCAGCUUCCUUAGUAUGUGUGCUAGAACGAUGGUUAUCCUAAUCUAAACGUAGUUCUGUGGUCUUCGUAUUAACUUGCCUGCAGCAACUGCCUAAAGAAUGAGGCGGCUGUUAUGUACUAGUCUAUGGUAACUUCUGAUCCAAUAAACAGCUACAAGCUCUUGUCGUUCGUUACGUAACUUCUCUCAUUAUGUGUUACGUAUCAGGUAAAUUACUGAAGACGAAGCAGUUACCAUAUCCCUCUACCUGUUUACUUCGUAAUGUAGUUUUCAGCUAAAUUCCUUCACUAUAAUAUUUAACGUACUAGAAACUGAAGUCUAAUAAUAACUACGUACUAAGUAUGACACAAAGAAUAAUGUUCUAAGAGGUUCGGUGUAGAAAAAAUGUACCGUAAAAGUCUUUUGAUAGUGUACACAUACUCUGGAUUGUAAAGGCCUUAUAGUAAAAAGUUUUGUUCUCCUUUCCUCCCGAAACCAUUUUCGAAAACAAAUACGUUUGAAUAUUGCAAUGUACUGUCUGUCUAAACGAAUCAUUGUCAAAUUAUAAAAAAAUUGUAAAACUGAAUCAUGUUAACUAUUAUUUAUUAUUGAACUUACAUGUGUAUCUUAGGAAGUAUCAGUAUUAGUGGACAAACAUCUUAACGAUGGCUUCGUUUAUUAACUUAUGUAAAGUAAA